CUACGUUUCCUGGCUCUUUAACAAGGUCAGGAACCAUAAAAAACACUCCCUCAAUCGGAAGUCCCCCAAUGGGAAAACGUGCAUCAUUAUUGAUGUUCGAGCAAGGUCUUGGUGUUUCAUCACCAUCACCUUUUUUUAAUUCUAAUCCUAUUACUCAGAGUCCAAAUGAAUUUGAUCUACUUGGAGAUACCGAUAUAAACACCAAAGUGGCAAUUGAAAAUGGUGAAAUUAGGGCACUUAAAACGCAAGCAGAUAAUUUAAAUGAUGCUGUUUCAGAAUUUAAAUUAAGUCGAGCUAAUAUCGACACAGAUUUGGCCAAUCUUGCCAUUCAAAAAAAUGAAAUAUCAACGCGACUUUCUCAGGUUCGUACUCUAUAUGAUUCUGAACAUAGGUCUUUACAAGAAGUUCAAGCAAAUUAUAAAAUUGAGUACGAAAGCCUUGAGCGUGCAAGGGAAGAACUUGCUCAAGCUGAAAGAGCGUUAGAAAGUUUACAAUUAGAAAGAGACCAAUUACAAGCUGGUAUCCAAAAAGAUCGUGAUGAAAUGCAGGAUAUUAAAAGAAGAAUGAGACUCGCUGAAGAAAAAAAUGUGUCCAUAAAAGCUGAAAUUGAAAGACUCAAAACAGAAAGUAGAAAACAAAAAGGAUUACUCGAUAUCAAUAGGAUGCAAUUGACAUCUGCAGAGAAAGAAAAGGAUAAAGCUUUAAAGACCUUACAAGAUCUUGAAG